AUGGCUUUAGGGUCUGGGAAUAUAAUGGAGAAGACUUCGGAAACAGCUGCUCAUUUUGGUUCUCCGGGGCUAUCACGUAUUACAGUAGACCAAUCUGUGGAGUUUUCUUAUGAAGAGUUUGCUAAGGCUACUGUUGACUUCAGCAUAGAUAAUAAGAUUGGGCAAGCUAGGGUUCACAUAGCUCUAGACUUGGCCAGAGGCCCUGAAUACAUCCAUGAGCAUACUGUACCUGUAAAUAUCCACCAUGUUGUCAAAUCAGCAAACAUUCUGAUAGACAAAAACUUCCGCGGAAAGUUCGAGGAUGUUCUGAGACAGCCUGAUCCAAGAGAAAAUUUCCCUAAACUAGUUGAUCCUAGGCUUGGAGAUGACUACCCUCUUGACUCCGUUUGCAAGAUGGCUCAGCUUGCUAGAGCUUGUACACACAGGAAAUUCCUCAAACUAAGACCAAGCAUGAGAUCAGUUGUGGUAGCACUUAUGAUACUUUCAUCCAACCCUGACGAUUGA